GAGGAGGAGAAGGAGGAGGAGAAGCCAAAGGAAGAGGUGAAGGAAGAGGAGAAGAAGGAGGAAGAAGAGAAGAAGAGGAGCCACAAGAGGAGGUGAAGAAAGAAGAGGAGGCGGAGGAGAAGAAGGAAGAGGAGGAGGGGGUGGAGAAGAUGGAAGAAGAAGAGAAGAAGGAAGAGAAGAUGGAGGAUGAGGAAGAAGGCAGCGAGACCCAGCCCACCACCACCGACACCACCACCACCGACACCACCACCACCACCACCACAGACCCUACCACAGAAGGAGCCACAGAAAACACGCAAGAGGAAGAAAAAGAAGAAGAAAAACCUGCGGAGACUCAAGAGGAAGGCCAGGAAGCAACACAAACAAACACAAGCGGCGAAACACAGGAACAAACACCAGAGAUACCAAACGAGGGGAACGACGUAAAUACAGACACACAGACAGACACAGACGCACCCACAAACGCACACACGAACGUCCCGCAGAUCAUCGCAGCAGCAGAAGGGGGGAUAGUGGCCACAGUAACACUCCCACAAGCCGAACCAAACGCAGAUGACAAAACGGAGAAAGGGACUGAAAUAAAAGCAGAGAAAACGGAGAAGCGUAAAAAACCGGCGAAGAAAAUUGAAGUGGAGGAAUUUUACGUCAAAUAUCGGUCGUUUUCUUACCUCCACGCGGAAUGGAGGACGGAAGAGGAGCUGUUUAAGGGUGACAAGCGGAUAGCAGGGAAGAUUAAGAGGUUCAAGCAGAAGAGAGCAACCACACAGAAUAUGCUGGAGUUUCUGGAGGAGGAGGCGUUCAACCCAGACUACACAGAGGUGGAUCGCAUUCUGGACGUGACAGAAACAGUGGAACCGUCCACCAUGAAGGCCAUCAAACACUACCUGGUCAAGUGGAAGGCCCUGGCGUAUGAGGACUCCACCUGGGAACUGGAAGAUGAUGUGGAUCCUCUCAAGAUACAAGCCUUCCUGACAUACAAGGACCCACCCCCAAAGAACGAAUGGAAGCCCAAGAAGAGACCCAAACCCAGUGAGUGGAAGAAGCUGGACUCUUCGCCACAGUACAAGAACAACAAUUCACUGAGAGAGUACCAGCUGGAGGGUCUCAACUGGCUCAAUUUCUCCUACUACAACUCCCGUAACUGCAUUCUGGCAGAUGAGAUGGGGCUGGGCAAGACCAUUCAGUCCCUCACGUUUGUGGACUCCUGCUUUAAGUACGGCAUUCGUGGACCGUUCCUCAUCAUCGCCCCGCUCUCCACUAUUCCUAACUGGCAGAGGGAGUUUGAGGGCUGGACCGACCUUAAUAUUAUCGUCUAUCAUGGAUCCCACGCCAGUCGCAACAUGAUCCUUGAGUAUGAGAUGUAUUACAAGGACGACAAGGGCCAGCGCAUCCCCAACCUAUACAAGUUCAACGUUCUCAUCACCACCUUUGAAGUGAUCAUCUCCGACUGCCUGGAGCUCAAGGAGAUACACUGGCGCUGCUGCAUUAUUGACGAGGCGCACAGGUUGAAGAACAGGAACUGCAAACUCCUGGAGGGUCUGCGUCUGAUGUUCAUGGAGCACCGUGUUCUACUGUCCGGCACACCACUGCAGAACAACGUGACUGAGCUGUUCUCCCUACUCAACUUCCUGGAGCCCACACAGUUCUCUUGCCAGGACACCUUUCUGCAGGAGUUUGGCAAGCUGGAGACAGAGGACCAGGUGACCAAGCUACAGGCAUUGUUGAAGCCAAUGAUGCUGAGGAGGAUGAAGGAAGAUGUGGAGAAGAGUUUAGCACCAAAGGAGGAGACUAUCAUUGAGGUGGAGCUGACAAACAUCCAGAAGAAGUAUUACCGAGCGAUUCUUGAGCGGAACUUUGACUUCCUGGUGAAGGGAGCCACGUACGCCAACAUUCCCAGCCUUAUGAACACCAUGAUGGAACUCAGGAAAUGCUGUCUGCACCCUUACCUCCUCAAUGGCGCAGAGGAUGCCAUACAGCAGGACUAUCGUGACUCCAACCCCGCCAAUGCCUCAGACCCAGACACUUACUACAAUGCCCUCAUCAACUCCUCCGGCAAGAUGGUGCUGGUGGACAAACUCCUGCCCAAGCUGAAGGAUAAUGGCCACCGUGUCCUGAUCUUCUCACAAAUGGUCAAGCUGUUGGAUAUCCUGGAGGACUAUCUUAUCUUUAGAAAAUACCCCUAUGAGCGGCUGGACGGCAGGAUACGUGGGAACAUGCGGCAGGCGGCAAUCGACCGUUUCUGCAAGCCUGACUCUGAUCGGUUUGUGUUCCUGCUGUGUACCAAAGCUGGCGGUCUGGGCAUCAACCUCACAGCCGCGGACACUGUCAUCAUUUACGACAGCGACUGGAACCCACAGAACGACUUGCAGGCCCAAGCUCGCUGCCACAGGAUUGGUCAGUCGAAGAGCGUCAAAAUCUACCGUCUAGUCUGCAGGAACACAUACGAGAGGGAGAUGUUUGAUAAGGCGUCCAGGAAAUUGGGUUUGGAUAAGGCCGUUCUGCAGUCCAUGAACACUGACCAGGGGAAGCACGCAGCUGGUGGUAACUCCCUAGGGCUGUCCAAGGCUGAUAUUGAAGAGCUGUUGAAGAAAGGCGCGUACGGAGCUUUAAUGGAGGAAGAUGGCAACGGAUUCGACGAUUUCUGCGAGGAGGACAUCAAUCAGAUCCUCUCAAGACGCACCACCGUUAUCCAGCAUGAGAGUGAAAAGGGCUCCUCGUUUUCAAAGGCCUCGUUCUCCGCCUCCAAUAACAGAUCGGACAUUGAGAUCGAUGACCCUGAUUUUUGGAAGAAGUGGGCGAAGAAGGCGGAGAUUGAUACAGAGGUUGCCGAGAAGAUGAGAAAGAAAACCCUGAUCGUAGAGGAACCAAGGCGCCGCUCUCAGAUAAGACGCUAUGGCCACGACGACACUGUGCUGGACUGCAGUGACCUGGAAACCUCAGCAAGCGACACAGACAAGGAGAGAGAAGGAGAGACAGAGACCAUGCAUGAACCAGGUGGAAGGAACAAGGCCAACCGUGGAAGAGGGAGAAAUCGCGGUGGACGAGGACGUGGUAGGGGUAACCGGAACACAAGGGCCUCACGAACCACACCAGAAGAGGAGACGGUGAAGAAGGACAUGGUUAAGUAUGGACAAUGGAUGCGUUGUGAGUGCUUUAAAGUGGAGAAGGGGCUACUGGUGUAUGGAUGGGGCAGGUGGAAGGAGAUAUUAGCGCAUGGGGACUUCAGACCAGCGUGGAAGGAAGCGGAUAUCCAAGACUGUGCGCGGAUGAUCCUUCUCUUCUGCAUACGAUAUUACCGUGGCGACGACAAAAUCAAAGGCUUUAUUUUCGACCUCAUAGCCCCGACGUCCGACGGCAAAACACGCAUCCAUCCAAACCACAUCGGGUUAUCCGCCCCAGUGCCGCGCGGAAGGAAGGGGAAGAAGAAGAUCCGCGAGGCUAAACUAGUAGCAACACACAUGGAAGGCGCAGACUGGGCGAAGGAGGAGAAGUUUGACACAGAUAUAUACUUGGACCAGGGAUACUCUCGGCACUUGACUAGGCACUCCAACAAGGUGCUGCUGAGAGUGCGCCUCCUCUUCUACAUCAAACAGGAGAUCAUUGGGGAGAACUGCAGGCUGAUUGACGAAGGGACCCGCUACACUGAUGUCAGCAUGGCACCGCCCCCUACUGAGCUGCCGCCUAAGCCCUGGUGGGACGCUGAUGCUGACCGCUGUCUGCUCAUUGGGGUGUACAAACAUGGCUACGAACGCUACAAUGUGAUGCGAAAUGACCCUGCGCUGUGUUUCCUGGAGCGCUGUGGACCUCCCGACAAGGCUGCACUGGUGGCUGAGAUGAAUACAACUGUGAACGAGGAGGAGCUUGAAAAAGAUGACAAAGAUGAAGAAAAAGACGAUGAGGAUUCCAACCAGACACCGCUUCCAUCCAGUCCAGCCGUCUCCACAUCCACCUCCAAAUCUGACGACGACAAGAUGGAUGAAAAGGAAGAGAAGUCCGCUGGUAAUGGCAAUGGUGCUGGAACGGAUAAGAGGCAGCACUUCCCCACCACUUCGGAUAUUAAUGGGAGGUUGAGGAGACUUGUGACCUCAUACCAGCGGAACAACAGGAAGAACGACAUGAGGAAUGAAGCUAAAGUCAGGGGUUACGACCACUACCUGGCAGACAAACUGAUGCGUCGUGAGCGGAUGGCGGAGUAUAUAAGGGAACGAGAGCUGCGGAAAACGGACUACAACCAGAGGAGGUGGAGUAACAGGGAGCAGGCGGAGUUCUACAGGACCAUUUCUACCUUUGGAGUGGAGUACAUCAGGAAAGAGAAGAGGUACGACUGGUCCAAGUUCCGAACCCUCUCAAGACUGGACAAGAAGUACGAUGAGACACUGACAGAGUAUUUCCGCGCCUUCAUGGCCAUGUGCAAGAGGCAGUGUGGCAUCCGACUCUCUGAUGAUGAGAAUGAGAAAAUGAUAGAGAUUGGAGUGGACCGUCUGCCAGAGGAGCGCGCUAGACGGGUACUGGAGCGGGUGGACCUUCUCAACCGCCUGCGCAACGACAUCAUCCCUCACCCUGGCUUGAAGGACGCCUUGAAGCUGGCCCUCCCUUCCAAGGACAUGCCAGACUGGUGGAUCCCUGGGAAACACGACCACGAUCUUCUCAAGGGUGUCGGCAGACAUGGCUUGGGGAGAACAGAUUACUACAUCUUAUACGACCCGGAGCUUAAUUUCCGAGAGAUAAUACGACGUCACACUGCAGGAGAACCACUGAUAACGGAGAAGGAGAAGGCAGAGAUACAGAGGAAAUAUUAUCAGAAGAAAGGGAAAGGUGGUGGUGAUGAUGAAAUAGAAGAAGUGAAGAUUGUGAAGGAGGAAGAGGAGGAUGAUGAUGAUGUAAUAGAACUGAAAGAUGAUGUAGAUGAUAAGGAAAUAGUGAAGAAGGAGGUAAAAGAGGAGAUAGAGAAGGAGAAGAUGGAUGGGGAUGAAGAGGAGAAGAGAGAGGAAGUAACAGAUGUAGUAAAGAAGGAAGAGAAGGAAGACGAAGAGGAGGAGAAGGAGGUGAAAGAGGAAAAGAAGAUCAAUGUACAAGAAGUGGAAAAGAAGGAAGAGAAGAUGAAGGAGGAAGAGGAGGAGGAGGAGGAGGAGGAGGAGGGAGAGAAGAAACCAAAUAAAGAAGACAUCAAGAUGAACUCAGAAGAAGAUGCCAAAGAAAUGAAGGAAGAGAAGGAGGAAGAGAAAGAAAAGAUAGAAAUAAAAGAAGAGCAAGAAAUAAAGAAGGAAAUGAAGGAAGAGGUAAAGGAAGAAAGUGUGAAAAUGGAAGGAGUAGAAGAGGAAGAGGAGGAGGAAGAGGAAGAGGAAGAGGAGCUGAUCGAAAUGCCAGUUGCAACUAUAUUGGAAGAGGAAGAUGAUGAAGAGGAAGAAGAGGAGAUGGAAGCACAAACAAAGGAAGAGGAAUUGAGUAAAGCAAGUGUAGAAGGUGAAGAUAAAGAAGAGAAGGAGAAAGAAGAGGAGAGCAGGGAGGAGAAAGAGGAAAUGGAAGGAGAGACAAAUGAGGAGAGUAAAGUAAAGGAGAAGGAGGAGCAAAGUGAGAACAAGGAACAAGAAACAAAGAAAGACGAGGAGGAGGAGGAGGAUGACGACGACGAGGAAGAGGAAGAAGAGGAGGAGGAGGAGAAGAUGGAGACUGACACAGAGAAGAAGGAUGGGGCAGAGGAGGAUGAGAAGGAGGGUGGCAAGGAGGAGGAGGAGGAGGAGGAGGGUAAGGAGAAGCAGCCCCUGGAGAAGAUGAAGGCAGCCAUGAAGGAGAAGAGGGAGGGAGGGAAGGAGGAGGGCAAGAAGGGUGAUGGGAAGAAGGGUUCUGCCCUGCUCAGCCUGCAGCAGAUGGAUGAGGCCAUGGCCAAGUGCGGCAGCAACCUCACCUACGAUAGCCUGGUGUCCUCAGAGCCCACCGUGGCCCAGCUGCUGGCCCAGAGCGCGGCCAACCCCAUCCGCUGGCCCAAAGACCGGCUGCUGCAGGCGCGCAUCGAGCACCUCAUGUACGCCGUGGAGCACCGUAAGUGGCCCGUUGGUAUCCACUUCCAGACCUCAGACCAGGACACCAAGACCUCCGGCAGCGGCAGUGGUGGUCACCGUGGCGACGGCCCUGAGGUGUUGGACGUGGAGCGGCGCAAGCAGCAGCGGCAGAUGGAGGUGGCGGAGGCGGAGCGUCAGCGGCUGCAGGCGCUGCUCCACCCCAACCUGCACCACACACUGGGCCUCACCAAGAACUCCGCCUCAGCCGCCGCCAGCCUGGGUCUGCCCGCCUCCUUCACCUCCGCCAGCCUGCGCUCCCUCAUGGAGGCGGAGACAGAGCGCACCAAGACCAAGCAGCAGCAGCAGCAACAGCAGCAGCAGCAGCGGGACCAGCACAGGGACCAGCAGCGAGACCAGCAGCAGCAGCAGACAGACUCCCUGCGACAGCUGCAGGCGCUGCAGGGCUCCCUGGACCUGACCAUCAAGCCCGUCAAUCCUGGCCAGAAUGCCAUGGACAUGGCCACCGCCAGCUUCCUGUCUCGCCACAGCCCGGGGCGGCCGCGCCUGGAGGAGCGGCAGCGGCCAGGGGAGAAGCGGCGGCUGGGUGAGGGCAUGGACUCCCGCACCCAGGAGAAGAAGAGACGCAAGCUGGACGAGAUUGUGAUGGGCCUCACCUCCAAGGGCCGCAGCCCCGAGGCUGUGGCCACCAGCAGCACUGCCAGCACCAGCAGUCCGCUGCUGAUGCUGCGUGGGUCAUCAGUGACGCUGCUCAGUGCGCGGGACAAGAGCCAGGUGACGUCGGCACUCAGCACACCCAAGCUGUCCUCCAGCAUCAGCAUCACGCCCACCGUGUCGCGGCGGCCGCUGGACACCCGCAGCGACGACAGUCCUGCCACCUCCCGCUCCGGUGCCAGCACCGCUGGCGACAAGGACACCAAGCCCGGCUUGGUGAAACAGUCAGACCUGCCACCUGGUGUAACGCUGCCGCCAGGCAUUGAGCUGUACCGCCCCACCGACGCCAAGGUGGACAAGUGGCUGGAGCAGCACCAGGGACUCAUGGCAGAUUCAUCGCGCUCCAAGGACGCCACCGCUGCCAAGCGCCGCAAGCUGGACAUCACUGCCAUGGACUGGAGCCAGUUCUCCGGCGAGGAACACGUCAGCGUGGUUCACACUGCCACCGGACAGCGGAUCAGUGGUCAGGAGGCACCACGGCUGAAGCACCUGGCCAAGUGGUUGAUGGAGCACCCGAGCUACGACGUGGAUCCGCAGUGGGCGGAGGUGACCAACGACCGCACUGGUGGCUUCCUGGCCGACCUGCAGAAAAAGAUGGCUGGCGCGGAGCGGGACAAGAAGCACGGGUCGGGUCGCGCCUCUAUCAUCCCUUCUUCGUCCAGCUACCACCACGCCGCCUCCUCUGCCAGCGGCAGCACCUCCUGCGCCGGCACCACCACAUCUACCUCCGCCUCGUCUUACCUGCCGGGCUACCACUCCAAAGGCCUGCCCUUCGAUGCCAAGAGUCUGCUGCAGGGCCUGGACCCAAAACUGCUGGGCUUCGACCCCAAGCUGCUGGCAGGCUUUGACCCAAAGCUGCUGGGCCUGGACCCCAAGCUGUUGCCGCCGCUGGACCCCAAGCUGUUUGCUGCCAUGGGACUGGACCCCAAGUUGCUGGGCCUGGACUCCCUGACAGCCACCACUACCACCACCACCACCUCCAAGCACCGUGAGUCCAAGCACCAUGACAACAAGGAUGCCCGUGCCUCCUCCUCAUCCUCAUCCUCAUCCUCCAGGCCUUCCGAGGGCAAGUCCUCCCUGCAUUCCAUCGACCCUAAACUGCUUGGCUUUGACCCAAAGCUCCUUGCUGGUCUUGACCCCAAGGCCCUGGCCUCCCUAGACCCAAAGUUCCUGGCCAGCCUCACUGGCAUAGACCACAAGACCUUGGCAAGCCUAGACCCCAAGAUGUUGGCCAGCCUUGAUCCUAAAAUGCUGGCCGGACUGGACCCCAAGAUGUUGGCUGGCCUAGAUCCUAAAAUGCUGGCUGGCCUUGACCCCAAGAUGCUGGCUGGUCUAGACCCCAAGAUGCUAACUGGCCUGGAUGCCAAGAUGCUGGCUGGCCUAGACCCAAAGAUGUUAGCUGGACUGGACCCCAAGUUCCUGGCUGGCCUGGACCCCAAACUGCUGGGUGGUCUGGACCCCAAACUCUUAGGGGGCCUAGAUCCUAAGCUGCUAGGGGGACUGGACCCUAAGUUAUUAGGUGGCUUAGACCCCAAACUGCUGGGUGGACUGGACCCCAAGCUGCUGGGGGGCCUGGACCCCAAGUUACUGGGGGGCUUGGACGCAAAGCUACUAGGGGGCCUGGACCCAAAGCUGUUAGGAGGGCUGGACCCCAAGUUGUUAGGGGGCCUAGACCCCAAGCUGCUGGGUGGGCUGGACCCAAAACUGUUAGGGGGAUUGGAUCCUAAGUUAUUAGGGGGGCUGGACCCCAAGCUGCUAGGGCUAGGGGGCUUGGACCCAAAGUUGCUGGGGAGCCUGGACCCUAAGCUACUGGGUGGCCUGGAUCCCAAACAGUUAGGUGGACUUGACCCAAAGUUGUUAGGUGGACUAGAUCCCAAGCUGCUAGGUGGCCUGGACCCCAAGCUGCUGGCCAGCCUGGACCCCAAGAUGUUUGGGGGGCUGGACCCCAAACUGCUUGGGGGUCUGGACCCUAAGCUGCUGGCCGGCCUGGACCCUAAGAUGCUGGGUGGGCUGGACCCCAAACUGCUGAGCAGCCUGGACCCUAAGAUGCUGGCUGGUCUGGACCCCAAAAUGCUGGCUGCCCUGGACCCGAAGAUGCUGGCCGGGCUGGACCCCAAGCUUCUAGGAGGCCUGGACCCCAAGAUGCUGGGGGCACUGGACCCCAAGAUGUUUGGUGGGCUGGAUCCUAAGCUGCUGGCCUCCAUGGGGGUGGACCCCACCAUGAUGAUGAUGGCCGGCUUUGGGGGGCUGCCGGGCAUGGCUGGCCUGGGCAUGGCCAACCCCCUGCUGGGUGGCCUGGCAGGCUUUGGUCUACCAGGGCUGUCUGGCAUGGGGGACUAUCCCUCCACGUCCAAGAGUAAGGAGCACCGCAGCGUGGCGGCAGCGGUCAGCCAGGCCCAGAGCUUUGGGUUCCCUGGCGUGUUCCCUGGGGCCAGUGCCGCCGGCCUCAUGUACCCCCCGCUGGGCCUGGGCGGCCUGGGCUCCUUCCAGCUGCCCUCCAUGUCCUCAGCGGCCUCCAGCAGCCUGCUCAAUGGCCUGCCCAUCAGCACCAUGUCUGCCUCGACGCAUCAGCUGUCCACCACCACCAGCUCCAGCAGUAAGUGGCGGGAGGAACACCGACGCUCCACAAGAACUAGCGACCACAGAGAUCGCUCCGCCGACCACAGAGACCGAUCCUCCGACCACAGAGACCGAUCCACCGACCACAGAGACCGCUCCGCUGACCACAGAGACCGUGAGGAGCGGGAGGAGGAGCGGGAAGAGCAGCAGCGGGAGCGGUCCUCUUCACGCAAGGAGCGCCUGAAGGAGGCACAGCUGCUGCAGCAGUCCACGGCGGGCCUGUCCCGAGAGGAGCGCCACCUCCUGAAGCAGAUGAAGGCUGAGAGGCUGGCCAGGGAAGUGGAGGCCCUGGGCGGCCAGGACGCCUUCUCCGCCCACCUUGACCUGUCUAUGCCCCGUGGCCAGGCCCAAGCCCAGGCCCAGGCCCAGGCCCAGGCCCAGGCCCAGGCCCAGGACGCAGGCCGGGGGGAGGACAGGGUGCAGGACGCCCCGGAAAACCUCAGCAGGGAGUCAGAGCGGCCCUCAGGCGGCGGCGGUGGUGGUGGUGGUGGUGGUGGUGGUGGUGGUGGUGGCGGUGGUGGAGGUGGCGGUGGCGGCUGCGUCGGCGGCAGCAGCAGUGGUAGCAGUGGCGAGGGCGUGCAGGACCUGAGCACAAAGGAGGUGGAGAACGGUGAACGCAGCGGCACCAACUCUGAGGAUGAGGGCCACGACGACAAGUCUUAGUGCCACGGCAGCCCCGCCCCGCCCUGACCCACCCCCUGCCCACCCCGCCCCUCCGCCACCCUCGCCACUAACGGCACACCCCCAAAGUAUCAACUGGUGUACUUUAAUGUAAAACUGAGACGAUAUUUUAGUUGAAGUGAAUGAAUGACUUCCAUGUAUGCAGCGCCGUGCGUGUGAUCCACAACCACACUCCACCACCCAUCCCCUCAUGACCCCUCCACCUCCACCACCACCUCCACCACCACCACCACCACCACCACCUCCACCUCCACCUCCACCUCCACCCCCACCACCACCACCACCACCACCACACACAUCAGCUCCUCACUUUGACAUAUAACUGUGAUAAUGACCUCAUUAUUUAUUCCAUAUUUUGUGCGAAAAAAGAGAUAAUAAUAAUUUAAAAAAACAAACAUAAUUCUGGAAACGGGAACGCAUCUUUCCACUUUUCCGUACUGCCGCAAGCAAGCAAACAAAACAGACAGAACCGGUCCGCCCCGAGCCCCGCCACCACCACCACCCUGUCAGCAAGGGAUGGGACAUGGACCCUGGACCCUGCACCCCUGACCCUCCCCUUCCCCCGUGUGUCUGUCUCUGUGGGCCUCCGUUAAGUGCAUCCUAGGAGUUGCUGCUUCGUAACACACACACAUACAUACACACACACACACACUGAACCUCUCAAGAAGUGCUUUAGGUUUCAAGUACAAGAGUGUUAGGGAUCUCUGCUUUGAUCAAGAAGCGAUGGAUCUAGACUACUGGAAUCCCCAUGUCUGUGUAUAUAUUAUUAUUAAGAGACAGAAAUACUAUUAUGUAAGCAGACUUUUGUAAAAGCUAAAUGUAAACUAAAGUUCACUAAUAUUAAAAGGGAACUUGGUGA